GACGGGGCCGUUGACCGCCGGGUUUGUGGCCCGGAGGGGGCCGGGCCGCGGCGGCCGCUCGAUGUUUCGGCGCUCGGCAGGAGGCCGCGGAGCGAGGAGCAGCCAUGGCCCUGAGCGGGGUGCGGGUGCUGGAGCUAGCGGGCCUGGCGCCCUCCCCGCUCUGCGGCAUGAUCCUGGCCGACUUCGGGGCGCAGGUGGUGCGGGUGGAUCGCUGCCCCCGCUCGGCCAUGAACACCGACGUGCAGGGCCGGGGCAAGCGCUCCCUGGCGCUCGACCUGAAGCAGGGCGCCGGGGCGGCGGCGCUGAGGAGGCUCUGCCUGCGGGCGGACGUGCUGGUGGAGCCCUUCCGCCACGGUGUCAUGGAAAAACUUGGUCUUGGUCCAAAGGUCCUUCUACAGGAAAAUCCAAAACUUAUCUAUGCUAGACUUACUGGAUUUGGCCAGUCAGGAAGAUAUGCAAAGUCUGCAGGUCAUGACAUCAAUUAUUUGGCUUUGUCAGGUGUGCUGUCGAAACUUGGUAGAAAAGAUGAAAAUCCUUAUGCACCAGUAAAUCUUCUGGCUGAUUUUGCGGGUGGAGGUGUCAUGUGUGCAAUGGGUAUAAUUAUGGCCCUCUAUGAACGUACAAAAUCUGGCAAAGGGCAGGUCGUUGAUGCAAGUAUGGUAGAAGGAGCAGCAUAUCUAAGUUCUUUCCUGUGGAAAUCACAAAAUUUAGGCCUUUGGAAUAGACUUCGGGGGGAGAACUUGCUGGACAGCGGAGCACCUUUUUAUGAGACCUACAAGACCCUAGAUGGGAAAUUCAUGGCAGUUGGUGCCAUUGAGCCCCAAUUCUAUGAGCAGCUAGUAAAGGGACUGGGGUUAGAUUUAGAUAAACUUCCCAGUCAGCUGAGUUUCUCUGACUGGCCUGAAAUGAAGAAAAUGUUUGCAGCUUUAUUUUCCAAGAAGACACAGGCAGAAUGGUGCAGGAUCUUUGAUGGCACAGAUGCCUGUGUGACGCCUGUUUUAUCUUUGGAUGAAGUUGCCUUAUACCAGCAUAACAAAGAGCGUGGUUCUUUUAUCAAGAAUGAUCAGGAAGAGAUAAGUCCUAGACCAUCUCCUCUUCUUUCAAGGACUCCAGCUACUCCAUCUUCCAGAAGGGAUCCUUUUAUAGGAGAACACACAGAAGAGAUACUUCUAGAAUUUGGCUUUACCAAGGAAGAGAUUGCUAAACUUCACUCUGAAAAAGUAAUUGAAUUCAAUAAGCCAAAAGCAAAUUUAUAAUAUCUACCUAUGCAAAUCAGAAAAGUUUCAGACUGUCACCAUAUGAUUUUAUGCAUUAAAGUUGGAAUUACAUGAGGAAAUGUUAAUGUAGCACCACUUUUUCAGGGCCGGGGGUGGAGGGGUAGGGGUAGGGUGUCACUGUUAAAUUAAUGCAUUAAUUGAGGACUAAAUGUACAAACUGUAUUCCUAAUUGGAUUAGAAUGCCUACCGAAUGUUACCUUUGAAAUUUUGUCCUGGGGGUGUUUGUUUUGAAAAGAUCUGCAAUAUUUGCUUGUUAUAAUGGUUUAUGUAAUGUUUAAUGUUUCCUUCAAUAAGUGUAUUAUAGGAAAUGUGUGGUUGUUUUAAUCCUUGUGUUUUUAAUAUAUGUUCUAAUUAGCUGAAGGCAAUGAUUUUUAUAAAAUACUGUUAUACUUCAUAAAGAGGUUGCUGUGUUGUUCAUUUAUACAUUUGAGAGAGAGCUCUUUUGCCUGUAUUUUCACAGUAUUGAUAUAAAAUUAAUUUGCAUUCUCCUCUCAGAAUAUACAUUAAAAUACCAUUAUUUUGGCAUGAUCUGCUUAUAGUGGUAUAUGACAGAGCAACUAUAUUUAAAGCCUGGCUACCUUUCUAUCGUACUGUUAGUCCCAUGACUGUAUUACAUUUGGAGUCUUAAUUUGUCUGGAAAAAUUGCCCUGGGUUGAAAUUUGAUAUAUUAAAGUGUCUGCCAAUAAGCAACCCUUUCCCCCUAUUCUGAAAAAAAUGGAAAAUAGGUGUAACCAUAUGAGUAAUAAACAAUAAGUUACCACAUAUAGACCAUAGUCUCUUUCAAAGUUAAAGUGGCCAUUUGAAACCUUCUGACACAUGAAACAUUCUGGCACGUCUUAU